CACAAAUCUCGUACAGCUCUAUCGUCAAUCGCACGCAUCCGUUCCAUUCCCGAUCCUCGCCGUCAAUCCCAGCCCAGAUUAGCUGAACUACCAGAGAUGGUAAUAAAAAUUGCAGCAACAUAAUGGCGACGACAUUAUUACAAACUUCUGGUUGGCGCCACCGUACGCCCAUGGGCCCUCCCUCACCGCCAAGCAAGCCUUGCUGGUGUCCACUGAGACUUUAGUGCAGCGCAGUUUCCGGCAGAUUACGGAACCCUUCGGGAGAUUUUUCUUCCUUGCAGGGUGAGAUUUCACAUUUCUUAGGUCAAUCAUGUCGUGAUUCCCACUCCCACUUGUUUCCUUUGGUUAACAAGUUUCCGGGUUGAGUUCUCUAUUUGAAGAUUAUUUUCAGCAAUGGCAGCUCGUUGGUUUUGCGGUUUCUGAAAGUUUUGUUGCUUGUUCAGUGGGAUAGUGAUUUUGCUGCUCGUGCUCCAAUGUUGUUAAAGCUACUUGGUAAGUUGUGAUGUGAUUGUGACUUCAAUCGAGACCCGCGGGUAAUCCUUGGACUGUUCUGCGGAGGUUGCAGAGUGAUUUUUGGGAAUCUCGACAGUGGUAUCUAGGCUAUUUCAAUGGUUAUGGAGUAGGGAAUCUGGGGAGAAUUCUAGCGUUUCUUCGUCCAGAUUGCGAUGGAGAGUUAGGGUUUAAGUUGUUCCGACCGAGCAGUUUUGUUUUAGUUCGGGAAGAGACCAGAUGGGCUGUUUGUUUUCUUGCUUACAUCCGCGCCGAAGAGAGACGAGCAGCAGGAUUGACGAUAGCAGACGUGGUCACGCUGAAUCAUUGGAGCGCAGCAAGGAGCAGCCAACGGAUGGCGGUGUUACCGGCUGUGCGGUUUCUUUCACCUUCAAGGAUCUUGCAACUGCUACUCAGAGUUUUAAGCAGUCCAAUUUGCUCGGAGAAGGAGGCUUUGGAAAAGUCUACAGCGGGAGACUAGAAUCAGGCCAGAUCGUAGCGAUCAAGCGGCUGAAUCUUGAAGGGCUGCAGGGAGCCAAAGAGUUCUUGACUGAGGUUCUCAUAUUGAGCACUCUGCAGCAUUCAAACCUUGUUAACUUGGUUGGUUACUGCACCGAGGGAGAUCAAAGACUCUUGGUUUAUGAGUUCAUGCCAAAGGGAAGCUUGGAAGAUCAUCUCUUUUGUAGACCUGCUGUAGCCCUACUUGACUGGAAUACUCGAAUAAAGAUAGCUCUUGGUUCUGCACACGGGCUGGCUUAUCUUCAUGAUGUUGCAAAUCCACCUGUUAUAUACCGAGACAUGAAAGCUGCUAAUGUCUUGUUGGAUGAUGAUUUUAACCCAAAACUCUCUGAUUUUGGUUUGGCCAAAAUCGGGCCUGUUGGUGACAAUACGCAUGUUUCAACAAGAGUGAUGGGCACUUAUGGCUACUGUGCCCCAGAUUAUGCUAUGAGUGGUAAGUUAACCAUGAAAUCUGACAUAUAUAGCUUUGGCGUGCUUGUUUUGGAGCUGAUAACUGGACGGAAGGCUUUUGACAGUUCUAAAACCGCAGCAGAGCAGAACUUGGUGACAUGGGCAUCGCCUUUCCUUAAUGAUAGAAGGCGGUUCAGGAAAUUGGCAGAUCCAUCGCUACAAGGUUGCUAUCCAGGAAAACCUUUUCACCAGUUAGUUGUCAUUGCAUCUAUGUGCCUCCAGGAGCAGCCCCAUUUUCGACCCAUCAUAGGCGACGUUGUUGUCGCGAUCAAUUACGUGGCAUCCCAGCCUUACUCUCCUGAAGCUGGUUGUAGAAUCAAAUCCUCUCCGUCUUCCUCUCCUCUCUGUAAUACCAGAACGCCUUCAAGGUUUCAAAACUAAUUAUUAUUUUGCAGACAUCAAUUUCUCUCUUCACCCUGCAAAUUCACAUCCAAUAUUUUGAAUUAGAGAGAACAACUGGAUACCAUGCACUGUAAGUAAAAUAGUUGGAUGUUUUCAUCAUUUAAGACUAAUGUCUUUUCUCAUGUUGCAGCAUGAGUUUAGAAUCCUUUAAUGCUAUUGUUUUCUUACGGUCACUUUCUAUCUCGUUAAGAACUCGUUAGCUUUGUAAAGAUCUGAUGUAAACGGAAGUGCUUAAAUGCAAAUUAUCUUUCGUUUUAGUGUUUAGUUCAAA